AUGCACAGUAGUAUUAAUGACGGUCCGUUUAAUUCGCCAACUUUUGGAAAAUCGCUAUCCUUAAAAGUAGAUGGAGGGUUCAAUGCUGUAUCCAUUAAUCCCUCUGGUAGGGAUGUUGUUUUGGCCAGUCGGCAAGGUCUUUACAUUAUCGAUCUGGAUGAUCCAUUUACGCCUCCAAGGUGGUUACAUCAUAUCACACCGUGGCAAGUUGCCGAUGUACAAUGGUCGCCGCAUCCUGCAAAACCAUACUGGAUAGUCUCAACAUCAAACCAAAAGGCGAUUAUAUGGAAUUUAGCAAAAUCUUCAGCUAAUGCCAUUGAAUUUGUGCUUCAUGGUCAUUCAAGGGCAAUCACAGAUAUAAACUUUAAUCCACAACAUCCUGAUGUUUUAGCUACGUGUUCGGUUGACACGUACGUACAUGCUUGGGAUAUGAGAAGUCCACAUAGACCAUUUUAUUCUACAAGUUCAUGGAGAUCUGCUGCUUCUCAAGUGAAAUGGAAUUACAAGGACCCAAACGUGCUAGCGUCCUCACAUGGAAAUGACAUAUUUGUAUGGGAUUUAAGAAAAGGCUCUACUCCACUUUGCUCUUUGAAAGGCCAUGUAAGUUCAGUAAAUAGUAUAGACUUCAACCGGUUCAAAUCGACUGAAAUCAUGUCUAGUUCGAACGAUGGAACGGUGAAGUUCUGGGAUUAUUCAACAAGUACGACAGAGUCAAAAAGGACCGUUACAACCAAUUUUCCAAUUUGGAGAGGGCGUUACCUUCCUUUUGGUGAGGGAUAUUGUAUUAUGCCAAUGGUUGGAGGUAACAAUGCUGUUUAUUUAGUUAAUCUAUGCGACGACGAUGAUAAUGAAGAAAAUAAGAAGACAAAACUUCAGCCAAUAUAUGCAUUCAAAGGACAUAGUGACCGAGUAAUUGAUUUUCUUUGGAGAUCAAGACAUACGUACAAUGGAGAUUACGAUGACCGUGAAUUCCAGUUGGUUACUUGGUCUAAAGAUUGUGAUUUGAAACUAUGGCCACUGUCUGAUAAUAUAUAUGAGAAAGUAAAUUUUGACAGACAUAAAAGACUCGAAGAGAAAUUUCCAGAUUAUGAUUAUUGUUCGUACAAUAAAGAACCUGAAAAUAGAGAAAAUGUCCAAAAAAAUCAAUUCAAGCGCAUACGAGAAAACUUUGUGACAUCAUCAGGCUUAAAAACAAGUAAGACCAACCAUAUCACAUGGCUCUCAGGUAUUAGAAUGAAUAGGGACAAUUCACAAGAGGAUUUAUUCAACGAUACCAAAAUCCAGAAUUUAGGGGAAGAAGUAAGUGCCAUUGGUCACAAAUUCCCGAAAGUCGUUUUUGAGAAGAUUUCCGUGUCCACACGAGAAUUGUGUCUGACACUUAAUGGUCCCUGGUCAGAAGCAAAUCUUGAAGAGUAUGUCUUCUUGCGUAUAAGUAUCAAUUUUCCGCCCAACUAUCCAAACAAAGGGAACCCUCCUAAAUUUGUAAUUGAGGAGAACGCAAAUCUAACCGUGAAAAAGAGGCAAGAAAUACUGUCCAAUUUAUCAACUAUUGGCCAAAAGUAUACGAACUCAAACCUUUACUGUUUGGAACCAUGUAUACGAUUUGUCUUAGGCGAGAAAGUUAGCUUGGAAGACAUUGAAGAAGGACAAGAGCCCUUACUAAAUUUCGAUAUUGCAGACCAUAUAGAUUUUGAGGAGUUAUCGUCUUUAGACAGUUCAUAUUCUGAUUCUCAAAAUCUGGAAAAUCUUUCUUCGCAAUCAGAUACAGAGUCAUAUAAAGAAGCACUGGUAUUCCCAGAUACGUCGAAUCCAGGUUUGAAUUUUGGGAGAAAUCUAGCUCUUGAUACGACACCUGUUCCAAAUGGAUGUGGAUCUUGUUGGACUGCAACGGGCCAACUUUUCUGCUUCUUUGCAAAUGACAAAAAACCUGAAAAAAAGCAAAAUGCAAUAAUUAAACUAUCUCAAAAGGAUACAGGAGUAGAGAAGCAUCCGUUUAAGGUUGAGCCCAAAGUUUUGUACGAUAAGGAAGUUGACAAUAAUGGUGUCACUACUGUUGAGGAAUCAGAGGCUCGCCCUAAGCGUUAUGUUGACACUUUAGGCGUAGGAGGUAGUGCUUAUGGUGAUUCCAGAACAUACUCUGACGACGAGUCGUCAUCCGAUGACUCUUUUGACAGUGUCGCAGAUGAUUGGGAUGAUAUACUAAGAAACGACAUAAUAGUAAGAACCAAAAUUCCAAUGCUAAAUGGUAAUUUCAGAGCUUUCAGCUCGGUACAUUCUGAAUCAGGAAAAACGGUAGAAUCUACUAAAAAAAAUAAAAACCUGGUAGUUUGCAAAGAUUUUAGCAGAUUGCUAAGUGAUCGUAAGGAAUUGGCGCUAGAAUACUUAUUCAUGGAUGUUACGCCUGAAGAGUUUGCUAGAAACAACGCCUUAGUUGCAGAGAAAUUCGAGCUUGACGAAAUUAGCCACUGUUGGCAAAUAUUAUCUGAUAUGUUAAUAGAUCAAACUGAUUGCGAUCCUUAUACGACCAUGUGGAACAAUCAUCCUAUGGGGAUAAAAUGGUUUAUAAAGGAAGCAAUUAUCUACUUUGAAAGGCAACAAAAUUUACAGAUGUUGGCUAUGCUAUGCUGUGUUAUAUUAAGUGCCCGAAAAAAAAAGAGCUCAGCUAAAAAUACAAACAGGUAUUUUGGGGAAGAGUUAGAGAAUAUGGAAGGGACUAUUGUAUUUAAUGAUAAUGAAAGUCAAAAUACAUCAUUUUGGAAAGGUUCAGAUGCUUUUUCGACUAGAUCCAGAAGUAGUACUGUAACACCUAAUUGCUCUGGUCCUCAUUUAAGAGGGACAAACAUCCACGGAGGAGACAAUUCUUCAAUAAGGUCUGACGAGUACCAUGCUAGAUUAAGGACGCACAACACUUUUAGUGGCGGUAGUAGAUUUGCAGAUCCUGGUCAGAAACAGAGCAAUCGUGCCUUUUCACCUAGUCCUUUUCAUAAUAGAAUGCCUGAUAUUAAGGUUGAGCUUUUACAUGACGACAUUAUGGAUGCCUAUGAACAGGAGGAUCUUUUGCAUUUGGAGGUGUCAGAUAUACCGAAGUUUCAAACCUAUAUUUACCAAUACUCUAAAUUACUUUUUAGAUGGGGGCUGCCUUUGGAAAGGGUCAAAAUUUUAAAAGUUAGUACUGAUUUUAAAAGCUCUUAUUACUCUCAAGAUGAUAUACCUAAUAGUGGAGAGAACAGUCCUUAUGGUGGUGUACUUACGCACUGGAUUGAAAAUGAGAAAUUUGGAGAAGAAAAAUUUAUUGCUCGAAAUUGUAAUUAUUGUGAUUUAAGAGUGACAAGGAGUAGUUUCAUAUGCGGCAAUUGCCAACAUGUUUUACACUCUGCGUGCGCCAGAAUUUGGUGGGAGAUUGGUGAUGAAUGUCCAUCUGGAUGUGGAUGCAAUUGCCCAGAUAUGUUCGAUGCCUGA